AUGAACUGCGCCUCCCAAAAUGCUCCCGCUACAUUCUCUGGAAGUACCAAAAAUGCGUUCUUACAACAUCUUCGUGAAACACCCAACAGACGCCGCGUAUCUCAAAGCGACAGAAUUGCCCUAAUUGAAUGGUUGACGAAUCCCUACAAACGACCGGCAUCGCAGGAGGAGUCCAGCCGACGAAAUUAUGCCCAAAAGACCUUCUCGUGGGAUAAUGAAACCCAAAGUCUUCUCGCAGUUGCGAAGAACCGUGGAGACCAUGCUCGAACAGUAAUCACGACGGAUAUGAUUGCAGAUACAGUGGAGAGAGUUCAUGAAAACAAUGGCCACGCCGGAUGGGAUGCGACUUGGAAGGACGUCAGCAAUUCAUAUUAUGGUAUUCUACGAUCCGACGUGAUAUUUCUGCUCAAGCAGUGCCAGUUGUGCUCGAAAGAUCCCUCCAAGCGGCCGAAAGGCUCGGCACGGACAGUUGACCAGACCCAACAGAACUCCUCUUCGAUCUCUGAUUUCCUCACUAUGACUAGGGAGCAGACGGAAAACAUAAAUGACCCUAUGCUGGACCUAUCCAAGGCCGACACGCAAGGAGGUGGAAAUAUAUUGGGAUAG